CUGGCUCCUGGGAAACUCAGGGACGUUCUGAUUGGCUCUGAAGCCGGCAUGAGCAGAACAUGGCACUGAGCCUGAGCAGUGCAGAAACAAUGGCGAGUGAAAGAGACUCCGAAAAAAGAAAGUUUGAAGAGGCACCGUCAUCGUAUAGGUCUGCGGUGUGGGAUCAUUUUGGAUUCAGCGCUGACUACGAUGAGAACGGGAAAAGGACUGUCAACAAACAAACCACGGUGUGCAAGCAUUGCUUUGCAAGCAUCGGAUACAUAGCGGGUAACACGACCAAUAUGUUCUCUCACCUACGUUGCCAUCACCCGUCUCUUUCACUUGGAGCAGCACGGAGCAGGUCGGUGUCAGCUUCAAUGGCUAACAGAGCGCAACCGACAAUUGUUGCGGCCUUCCAACAGCUGUAUGCGACAAACUCCGAAAAACACAAAACGAUAACAAAAGCAGUGGGCGUCUUCAUAGCGAAAGACAUGCAGCCGUAUUCAGUGGUUGAGGACACCGGAUUUCGUCACAUGAUGAAAACAGUUGAACCUCGUUAUCAAGUACCCUCUCGCACCCAUUUUAGUAGUAAAGUGAUCCCAGAACUUUAUGAAGUAUGCCGGGGGGAUAUUGAAAACGAACUGAGGCAAGCACCCUACCUUGCUCUCUCCACCGAUAGCUGGACCUCCCGUGCAACAGUAAGCUACCUGACAGUGACUGUACACUACAUACUUGAUUGGGAAAUGAGGGGCUUUGUGCUGCAGACUCAUCCACUGUAUGAGAGCCACACAAGUGAACACCUGGCUGAAGAACUAGUGCAUGCAGUUACUGAAUGGAAGCUAGAGAGAGCAAAUAUCCCCAUUCCUGUAACCACAGACAAUGCACAAAACAUUGUGAAUGCCAUCCGUAAUACAGAUGUCUUUGGACCACACAUUGGCUGUUUUGCACACAGCCUGAAUCUUGCAGCGAAGAAAGUUGUGUCCCUCAACUCAGUGUCACGCCUCCUGGGGAAGGUCAGAAAAGUGGUGACAUUUUUCCACAAAAGUACCACUGCUCACAAAGUUCUGGCUGACAAACAGCUGAUGUUAAACAUACCACAACACAGAUUGAUCCAUGAUGUCACAACCCGCUGGAAUACAGUACAUGACAUGCUUGAACGGUAUGUGGAGCAACAACCAGCCAUUUACUCUGCCAUACUUGACAAAGCUGUGAAAAAAUCUGUGAGAGACAUAUCCAUGCUGACUGACAGUGAGCUGAAGCUGGCAGAGGAACUCAUCCAGCUGCUUAACCCUCUCAAGAAAAUGACAACUCUGAUGAGCAGUGAAUCAACUCCCACUUCAUCCAUGAUUCUCCCGCUCAAAACAAUGACACUGAAAUCCAUGGCACCAGAUCCUCAGGACAGUCCAACCAUCCGGGAGGACAAGUUAGCAGUCACCCGGGAUUUGGAGAAGAGACACACUGAUCCAGAUCUUCUAGACUACCUGCACAGGGCCACAGUCCUUGACCCAAGGUUCAAGUCUUUACCCAUUCUUGAUGAAGCCAUCUGUGACCAAGUCUACAAGGAUCUCACAAGUGAAAUUAUGGAGCAUCAGUUUCAAGCAGUGCAAGAAGGCCCAAGCAACGAGCAAGACCAGGCAUCAUCAGUAUCCCCUCCUCAAAAGAAGACUGCCAUGUCAGAGUUAUUUGGGGAUCUUCUCAAAACAGAACAGCAGACCAAAGCAUUUCCCCAAAAGAUUGAGGAAGAGGUUUCCUCAUACAAAGCAGCUGGUGGCCUUAAUGUGGAUGCUGAUCCUUUCCGCUGGUGGAAAGAACAUCAGGUCACAUUCCCCUACAUUUCAAAGGUUGCACAACGGUACCUCUGUGUCCCUGGCACCUCCGUAGCAAGCGAAAGAGUCUUCUCCACUGCAGGUGACAUUGUGAGUGCCAGCCGUUCUCGGCUUCAUCCAGAGCAUGUUUUGCAGAAGAACCUCAACAUAAUAGAUCUUUAACUGACUUGAUGUUGCACUUUGUGUAAUGUUUACAUUGUUUACACAUUACCUAUUUAUAACUGAGGGAUAGCAGUUCCCUUGUGCAGGUUGUAUUAAGCCCUCUUGUUCAAUUAUUUUGGAUACUGCACUUUACAUUGUUGUUUACAUUAUAUUAUUCAUACCUGGUCAAGUACUGCUUUUCAGUGUGCAGGUUGUAAUAAGCCCUCUUGUUCAAUUAUUUUGGAUACUGCACUUUACAUUGUUGUUAACAUUUUAUAUUUUUCAUAACGGGUCAAGGCAAGUACUGUCUUUCAGGUUGUAUUAAGCCCUCUUGUUCAAUUAUUUUGGAUGCUGCACUUUACAUUGUUGUU